AGUUCUCGAGCUUUUCCUCACCACAUCCACCAUGAACGCCUUGUACGUCGUCUCUCUUGCCGCCUUCGCCGCCCUCGCCGCCGCCGCCCCCUCCGGCAUCCACGGCGGAAUCCACGGAGCCGCCGUCGUGACCGGCCCCUCCGGCGUCGUCACCAGCCACGGUGCCAUCGGCCCCGCCGGCCACGGUCUGGGUUUGGGCUUGGGAUAUGGUUUGGGCCAUGGAGCCGUCGUCGCCGCCCCCGCUGUAGUAGCCGCCCCCGCCGUAGGACUUGGACUCGGGUUGGGACAUGGACUUGGAUUGGGACACGGACUUGGUUUGGGACACGGACUUGGAUUGGGACAUGGUGCCGGUGUUGUGACCAACGGAGGAGGCACCAUUGGAGUUAGUGCUCAUGGGGCUGCCGUCCAUGGACCCCCAACCGCCCCCGUCGUCGUCUCUGGACCCGCUGGAAAAGUUGUCGCUGACGGACUCUGGGGACCCACCGCCAAUGUGGGACUUACCGGGGGACAUGGCGGUUGGGCCGCUCAUGGGGCCUGGGGUCAUGGUUGGUAAAUUUAAUGGAUCUGGAUGGAUCUAGGGCGGCGCCGUUUGAGGUGUCGUUUCCAUGUACAACAACUGCCUCCUCUGUGUUGAGAAUCUGUAUAUUUUUGUAGAUUAUUUAUUUAGAGGUGUAACGUCAAUAAAUGACAUGUGAUUUUUA